AUGGACGCAAAACGGCUUUCAGAAAAGCAAACCUCAAAGUCGGGCAGCCGAGGUACUAAAGCUUCCAAAGAUUGUCGAGUCUGUAACAGGCGACGGAUCAAAUGUGAUCGUUCAACACCUUCUUGCAAGAAGUGUACCACAAGAAAUUUCGCUUGUCCUGGCUAUGGCGUUGUUCUCAACUGGGGGUGGGGCGUGGCAAGCCGUGGGAAGCUUGCUGGAAAGACAUUCCCUGCUGUUCAGCAAGACAGUUGCUCUCCAGUCCAUUUCACGGUGGAGUCCCCAAGUCCCAGCUCUUACUCUGGGAACAAAUCACAGAUUGCUGACUCGAACCUCCCAUUCCUCGUCUCAAUGACUUCCUUGAAGUAUGAUGCACGAACUCAACGCCUUUCCGAAAGCCGGAGCAAGUAUGCUCGGCCCUGUUCUAUCUAUCAGCCAUCAGCAGACAACUGUUUGACGCCAGUUCCGUCAUUCAAAAGCAGCAUCUUACAGAAUCAAACAGCACGUCGUCUGUUUCAUCACUACGGACAAACGUUAGCAGCGACAAUGGCUUGGGUGGAUACUCCUGAAAACCAGUGGCGAUCUACCAUGAUAUCUCUGGCGCUUCAAUCGACUCCUCUACUCUUAUCAGUGCUUGCAUUUGCGGCUGAGCAUCUCUUUUCUGUCACAUUUUCAAACUGCUCGGCUCUGAAGGAAGACCUUAAAAGACGUGCCCAUGACUACCGUGAUUUGGCGCUGGGUCUUUUGGCUUCUGAUAUGCGAUCAACAUCAAUAGCCCCCGAGUCCUUGAAACACAUCAAGGACGAGUUUUGUCGUAAAGACAUAGUAAAUUCGAUUUUAGCGAGUAUGCUUAUGCUCUGCAAUAUGGAAACGAUUCGCCCAGACUCCAGAUUAUGGCGGCUACAUCUCGAAGCUGCACGUACCGUUGCAAGUACACAGACCACAACUGGCUUCUUGUUCAAAGAUGAAACUUCCAGGUUCCUUGCGGAACAGCUUUUCGUCUUUGAUGCAUUCGCCUGCACAACAUCAUUUGACGAGAUAUAUGACCAAGAGCUCUUAACAGAAGACAACAGCAGUGUCUUUACCGAAUUUCUUAGGCUUAUCAAGUGGGUGACUUCGCUUGAGCGCCAAAUUGCUGCUGGGGGACUGCCAAGCUCAGAUUGCCAAACAUCGACGACCGAGUUGUGCCAUCUUUUUGAGCGGGCAAGAGAUCUUACAUUGGCGUCAUGUUCACAGACGGUCUUCAACACACCAGCUGAGCGUGAGCAGUUCCUGGGAGUCAUUGACAGCUUUCACCAUGCAGGUCUUUUGUACAGUUACCGAUGCCUCUCAAUCCCAGAUUCGCAAGACGAGAUAAUACAAUCACGACUAGCACUAUUUCAAAGACUCGAUCUGGUGCAGUCGGAUCACCCCGCCUUUGCACAGAACACUUUUUGGCCGCUCUUCAUCGCGGGAACAGAAGCUCAAAGUGAUAAGGGCACCAGGAUAUUGGUGGAGCAGAAGCUUAAUCAGGCCAUGCGACGGACCGGGUUUUCGAAUUGCGAAGUCGCAUUGCAGUUCUUGAGAACACUUUGGAGUGCCCGAGACGGGGGGCACUCCUUAAGCUCCAACCAGAUGUAUAAUGGCAAAGCAGAUAUUGGAAGUGAGAUAAACUGGAUACAAUAUGCACGGCACUGGACAAGUUGUGGGAAACAGUUUCUCGUUUUUUGA